AUGUCGACCACCCCCAUACACUCUACAAGAAACCUCUUGCGAGCCUUUCCAUCUCGUAUCUUGCCUUUACUAACGACCACUGCUGAAACUAAAGCCAAAACCAAAACCAAAGCCGUCACCGUCGUACCGCCCAGUCUGAGUUUGAAUUUACAGCGUCCGCGUCGAUUCCAACCUAUUUCGCCACUUGCGGUCCCACGUCGUACCGCCACCACAUCUAGCAAAAUCGAUCCGGCUGCAAUUGCGUCCCAGUUGAGCAGCAUGCCGUCCACAUCCAAAACCCCGGCGUCCGAGCCAACGCUCUUCAUUGACGGAAAAUGGACUCACGCUAAAGCAGGUCACACUCGACCGAUCAUCAACCCCUUUGACGGCUCCACUGUAGCCGUCAUCGACGAGGCCGGUAGUGAGGAUGCACUAGCUGCUGUCGAUUCCGCCGCGCGAUUCUUCCGCACCUCAUCUUGGCCGCAUCAGACGUGCACUUCACGUACCGCUCUUCUCUCGAAAGUAGCAGACCUCCUCCAGCGAGACAAAGAGAUCCUUGCCGAGAUCGAAACCAAGGACACGGGCAAGACACUCCAAGAGAGCAAAGUCGAUGUCGACGACGUCACCAACGUCUUUCGAUUCUACGCUCAGGAAGCCAAAAAGCUCGAUACACCCAAAAAGAUUGUCUCGGAUGUGAUCCCUGACUCGGUGGAGAGCACCACUUCGCACGUUCCUGUGGGCGUGUGUGUGCUGAUCGCACCGUGGAACUACCCUUUGCUUCAGAUCUGCUGGAAGGUAGCACCGGCGCUGGUUACAGGCAACGCCGUCAUCAUCAAGCCUUCCGAAGUGACGCCGCUAUCAACGGUGCAUUUCGUCAAGCUACUGGUGGAGGCUGGAGCACCGAUGGGUUCGGUUCAGUUGCUCACCGCUGGAGGUGCGUCGGUCGGCCCGGCUUUGACCGAACAUGCCGACGUGGAUCUGGUCUCCUUCACAGGUGGACUGGACACCGGACGUCGAAUCAUUGCUUCGUGCGCAACUACGGUCAAGCGAUGCACGGUUGAACUGGGUGGCAAGAACCCUAACAUUGUGUUUGCCGACUGCGACCUUGAAUGGGCCAUCGAUACCGUCACCACCGCCGUGUUUUUGCACUCGGGCCAAGUGUGCUCUUCGGGUGCGAGGUUGAUCGUAGAAGAGUCGAUCGCAGAUAAGCUCGUCGCUGGCGUAGCUGAGCGUGCCAAACGUAUCAAGAUGGGUAACGGUCUGGACGCGGCAUCCGAAACUGGACCACUCGUCUCUGCUGCUCACUUGUCCAAAGUGGAAGCGUAUGUGCAACUCGGUCUCGAGGAAGGCGCCAAGCUGGUAUGUGGCGGAGCACGACCAGAUGCCAAGUCGCACCCGGAACUGGCCAACGGCUUCUUUUUCUGCCCGACCAUCUUUGACCGCUGCCAUCGCGAGAUGCGCAUUGUGCAGGAAGAGACGUUUGGACCGAUCCUGACGGUGGAAAGGUUCAAGGACGGCGAUGAGGAGCACGCCAUCUGGCUCGCCAACGACACCAAGUAUGGACUCGCAGGAGGUGUUCAGUCGGGCAAUCAGGAACGCGCCAGGAGAGUGGCCAAGAGGCUGAGGCACGGAACCGUAUGGGUCAACACCUAUGGAUCCUACACGCCAGCGGCUGAAUGGGGUGGGUUUGGCAUGAGCGGCAACGGACGCGAACUCGGCAGCAAAGGCUUGGAUGAGUACAUCGAGACCAAACACGAAUGGGUCGAGACCAAACCAGCGCCGCCCGGAUGGUUCAAGGGACAAGCCGAGGUUUUGCAGCCUGCCAACGUGGUCAAGGCGAAGCUGUAG